AUGAGCAUUAGUAACCCGCCUGAGAAGCCACUAUCCAUUGAUGAAGAAUAUGACUUAUGGAAAUCCAAUGUCCCGCUCAUGUAUGAUUUUGUGAGUGAAACCAACCUUACAUGGCCAUCUUUAACAUUGGAAUGGCUACCAGGUUCUCGCUCCAGCAAUCGUCAAGAAAUGAUCUUAGGGACUCAUACUUCAGAUGAAGAGCAGAAUUACCUAAAAAUAGCUGCUAUAUAUCUGCCCGAUGAAGUGGUACCCGACGCUGAACCUAAGGAGGAAGAAGAAGUACUGAAGUCUAAUGUAAAAAUAAUCAAGAAAUUCGAACAUGAAAAUGAAGUGACUAGAGCUCGUUAUAUGCCUCAAGAUGAUAAUCUAAUUGCUACAAUCAGUGGUGUUGGUACAAUAUACCUUUAUAACAGAGCCAAUGAGGUCGAAUCUGGGCUCUUGUCCACUUUUCAAUUUCACAAUGAAAAUGGUUAUGGUCUUUCUUUCAACCCCAACGAAAAAGGGAAAUUAUUGAGUGGUUCUGAUGAUUCUAAUAUUGUCCUAUGGGACGUUACAGGUAAAUCUCAAGAGCCAAUUUUGACGUUCACAGAUAGACAUUCUGAUAUUGUCAACGAUUGUAAAUGGCACAAUUUUGACCAAAACAUUUUCGGCUCUGUAUCUGAGGAUAGUACUUUGCAAUUGCAUGAUCAGAGGAUUAGGGAUGCUGCUGUUGAAAAAGUUCAAGCUAAGAAACCAUAUAAUACUUUAGCAUUCAGUGCGCACUCUACCAAUUUAUUUGCAGCGGCAGGUACUGAUUCCAUGGUUUACCUUUAUGACAGAAGAAGGGCUUCAAAACCACUUCACAUGAUGCCAGGCCACGAGGACGCGGUUACCUCUCUGGAAUUCCAUCCCCAGGAGGACGGUGUCCUAAUAUCUGCGGGCAGCGACAGAAGAACAAUUCUUUGGGAUUUGGCCGAAAUUGGUGCCGAACAAGUACCAGACGAUGCGGAUGAUGGAUCUCCCGAAGUCAUGAUGAUACAUGCAGGUCACCGUAGCUCUAUCAAUGACUUUUCUAUGAAUCCCAAUAUUCCAUGGUUGACGGCAACCGCCGAAGAAGAGAAUAUCGUGCAAGUUUGGAAGCCUUCGAGCAAGUUACCAAGAAUCGGAGGUACUCCAAGUGUGGACACUCAACUAUUGGAAUAA